AUGUUGAACAGGCCUUGGGAAGGUCGAUCAGUAGAGGGGUAUAAUCUGAGACUCAAGAAGUGGUUUGAGAUCUCCGCUGAUGGCAUAUCGGAUGUGAAAUGGAACCGAGAAGCAUUCCAAAGCCUUGUCAUUGAACGAAAGUCAAAAGAGUUGAUUCAAGCUUUAUUAGCCAGCCAGAUUGAUGCCGAGAAAGCAACCGAUUUGAUAUCUAGCAAAGGCAACGGCCUGAUACUACUGCUUCACGGAGGGCCUGGAACCGGAAAGACCCUUACUGCUGAGAGUGUGGCUGAAAUCGCCGAGAAGCCCCUGUACCAUGUUACCUGUGGCGAUGUGGGCAUGAAAGCAGAGCAGGUCGAAAAGUACUUGGAGUCUGUUUUGUAUCUUGGGCGAAUUUGGGGCUGUGUGGUGCUGUUAGAUGAGGCCGAUGUUUUCCUUGAGCAACGAAGCCUCGAGGAUCUGGAACGCAACGCCCUUGUGUCGGUAUUCCUGCGAGUCCUCGAGUACUACAAAGGGAUCUUAAUUCUGACCAGUAAUCGAGUCGGCACAUUUGAUGAAGCAUUCCGAUCUCGGAUCCAACUGGCACUUCAUGAUCCUAACCUGGGUCCCCAGCAACGGUUUCGUAUUUGGGCGACCUUUAUCGAAAGACUUGAUAAAUUGUCGACCGAUGAGGAAAUUGACAUUGAUGACUUGAGAGACCAUCUAGAUUAUUUGAAAGAUGAGAAGAUGAACGGAAGACAAAUCAGGAACGUGAUUACGACCGCUCGGCAGUAUGCGAAGUGGAAGAAGGAACCUCUCACGUAUCAGUAUCUCAAAGACGUGAUCGAGAUAUCUGGACGAUUUGAUGGCUACCUUAAUAAGCUCCAUGGAGGGUUCUCGAACGAUGAGAUUGCACAGCACGACGGACUAUGA